ACAGCUUUACAAUCAAUCAUCAUGUCUGCUUGGGGUACUGGUGACAUGGCUGCGGCCUUGCCUGAUGCUACCAAUGAGCAACCUGCCAUCGAACAAGGUUCCGAGGCUCCUGCUGUUGAGAAGAAGGCGGACCCGCAGGCCUACGGCUGGGUUGCCCCUACGAAGUACGACUACGAGACCUUCAACAAGACCAACAAGGAACUCGAGGAAGCACAAGCAUCAGCACAAUCUACCGAGAACCAGGCUGAGUUUGGAGGCAUCUCCUCUGGUGACUGGGCCAACAAAGGCGCUCUCUACGAGUGGAAGGAUGAGUACGGCGACGUUGGACCGCACUUUCCGGAACUUGAGAAGCAAUUGUUCGGUUCCGAAUUUCAUGUCCGCAGUGGUAUCAAGUUUGACACGUUGCAAGAGAUCACCGUCACCCAAGAGGGUAACAUUCGUAUUGAGCCGGUUAAAUCUUUUGAUGACGCUGGUUUGCAUCCGGCAAUGAGAGACAACGUUACGCUUGCAGGUUAUAACGUUCCAACUCCAAUUCAACAAUACGUCCUUCCAGCAAUUUUCAAGGGUCAUGAUGUUGUGGCUUGCGCCCAAACUGGUUCGGGGAAGACUGCCGCUUUCUUGAUUCCAAUCUUGUCAAAGCUCAUGGGCAAGGCUAAGAAGCUUGCUGCUGUCCGUGGCAACCCUGCUCUCAUGCGGGAGGGUGAGCGAUAUCGUGCUGAGCCUUUGGUUCUCAUCGUCUGCCCGAACAGAGAGCUUGCUACCCAGAUCUUCGACGAGGCUAGACGCUUUUGCUACCGUACCAUGCUUCGCCCUUGUGUCGUCUAUGGUGGUUGCCCUCUUCGUGAGCAGAUUCCAUUGCUCGAGAAGGGCUGUGAUCUUCUCAUUGCUACCCCUGGUCGGCUGAUUGAUUUCAUGAAUCGUCCUGCUCUUUUGACUCUCAAGCGUCUCAAGUACAUGGUUAUUGAUGAAGCUGAUGAGAUGUUGCAUUCUGACUGGGAGAGCGAUUUAAAGCAGAUCAUGUCUGGCGGAGACCAGGAGGAGGGCAACAUCACCUACCUCAUGUUCUCUGCUACCUUCCCCAAGAUUGCUCGUGAUCUCGCCAAGGAGCAUCUCGCUCACGAUCAUGUCCGCAUUCGAGUUGGCCGUGCUGGCAGCAGUCACGUCAACAUCAAGCAAGAUGUGAUCUUCGUCGAGGCCCAUGCCAAGCGCACUGCUCUCUUCGAUCUGCUCAUGUCGGCCCCACCUGCUCGUACCAUCAUCUUCGUCAAUAGCAAGCGCUCUGCCGAUGAGCUCGACGACUUCCUCUUUAAUUCCGACAUCCCAUGUACUUCGAUUCAUGGCGACCGUACUCAAAAGGAGCGUGAGGAUUCCAUUCGUGCUUUUCGUUCCGGCAAGGCUCCUGUCUUGAUUGCCACUGGGGUUUCGGCUCGAGGUCUUGAUAUCCAUAAUGUCAUGCACGUUAUCAACUACGACAUGCCCUCUCCGAACUAUGGUGGCAUUGAGGAGUACACUCAUCGUAUCGGUCGUACCGGCCGUAUCGGCAACUUGGGUCUUGCGACCUCUUUCUACAACGAGCGUGACUCCGAUAUUGCUGAGACUUUGGUUAAGACCCUUCUUGAGACUCAUCAAGUCAUUCCCGACUUCCUUGAGCAAUACAUUCCCGAGGGUUUCACUGCUGAAGGCACUGGUGAUGUCGAGAAGCUCAAGUUUGAGGCUGACUCCGACUAUGGUGAUGGGGAUGGCGAGAAUGGUGAGAAUGGUGAGAAUGGAGAGGCUCCUGCGGAGGGUGCUGAUGCUAGUGGAUGGGGAGCUCCCGCUGCUCCUGAGGCCAGUGGCAGCGGAUGGACUGCGUCGGCAGCUCCUGCUCAGGAGGCUCCGGCUGCGUCUGGAUGGGGUGCACAGCCUACGACUCCGGUUCAAGCUCCGCCUUCCAAUGCGGGUAGCAACUGGGGACAGCAGCCAAGUUCAGCUCCUCAAGGCCCGCCGGCUCAGCAACCAGGAUGGGGUGCCGCUCCUCAAGGUUUCCAAGGCCCUCCUGCUCAGGGUCCACCUGCUGCUCAACCUUCCGGAUGGGGUGCUGCUUCUCAAGGUUUCCAACGACCUCCUGCUCAUGGUCCACCUGCUAUUCAGCCUUCCGGAUGGGGUCCCGCUCCUGCAGCUCUCCAACCUGCCCAGGUUGGUGGCUGGGGUGCUACAGCAGCAACUCCCGCUGUCCCGGUCAACAACAACAAUAAUAACGGAUGGGGACCUUCGCCGACUGGUGACUCCCGAUGGUAAAGUGUCUGAGGCCACUCUGGACAGAGAUAGGCCGAUGGAUCUGCACUGCUUUCCUUGUUCAUUUCUCGGAACUUGACUGGUAGGCAUUGGCAAUUUGUUGAAGCUCUCACAUCUGCCUCGCAUCAACAAAAAACUUAACGUCACGUGCAUUCAAAUGCCUUUGACACUCGUGAUUUCAUUUCCUCCUUUUCCCUUUUAGAUGUGUGGGAAUGGCGUUUACUCUUUCUAGGCGGUUCGUUACGAGGGCCAUUGCUUAGGACAUGGGCGUUUCGACCGGGGUGUAGAAGGAUAGACAGCUU